CCUCGCCGGCGCCUGGCCCGCGGAGCCGGGUUCGCCGCGGCCGCGGCUGCGCGUCGUCAGCCGCGCGCGCGGCGGCACGACGACGGCGUCGACGCUGCCCUUCCUCGAGUACCUCCUCGCGCUCGACGGCGACGGCGGCGGCGCGCCGGACCUGGUCCUCGUCGACUUCAGCGUCAACGACGCGCGCGAGUCGCAGGACUGGACGACGGACAUCGACGCGGAGACGACCGCCGCGCGGCCCUUCGGCCGCGGCGACCGCGUCUUCGCGGCGACGGAGGCGCUGCUCCGCUUCGCGCUCGUCGCGGACGCGUCGGCGCUCCUCGUCGUCGAGUCGCAGUACUACGAGGCCUCGAGCCUCGCCGCGCACCGGCGCGCGGCGGCCCGCUACGGCGUCGCCUUCGUCGCCUACGGCGACACGCUCGCCGACCCCGUCGUCGACGCCCGGGACUGGGGGCCGCCGAACGACACCGCGACGAACUGGGCGCACCCGCCUGCGGCGACGCACGCGCGCGUCGCGGCGGCCGCGGCCGC